AUGAUGACAAUCUCCAAUGAUGACUUGGGUUAUCGUAAAAAUGGCGAUGAUAUUUCACCAGAUGAUGCAACUACUGCCGCUGCUGUAGCGGCAGCUCUGUCAGCAGCAGCAGCCGCUGCCGCCGCUGCAGGAAUGGGUGAUAUGAAGGAUGACGACAACGAGCACGACUUGAAUGUCCACGAUGCUCACGAUGUGGCUGUAUUGGCACAACAUAACGAACAUAAUAAUUUACUUCAACAGCACGCGUUACAACAACUUCAACAAAGUUCUCAAAAUUCACAGAAUUCGCAGAACCAUCAAAACCAUCAGAGCCUUCAAUCUCACCAAUCUCAUCAGCCUCACCAAAGCCAUCAGGGCCUUCAAAAUUCUCAACUGCAGCAACAGCACCAACAAAACUCGCAUCAAAAUAUUCACAAUGUGCAUAGCGCGCACUUGCAGCAACAGCAGCAACAACAUCAACAGCAAGGACAGCAGCAACAAGGACAACAAGGACAACAACAACUCUCACACUCUGCUCUCUCGCACAUGCACUCUUUACAACAGCAAUUACACCCUCAACACCACCUUUUGCAGCAACAUUUACACCAUCUUCCUCAAUUACAACAGCAGCUGACGCUGCAACAAAUUCAUCACUUGGACAUGCUCCAUAAUGAGGAGGAUUUGCUUGAAGCCGCAAACCGUAAAGUUGCACCACGUUCUUCAGAUCUCUUCAGAGUAGGGCCAUCUUUUUCAGAAACUCGUCACCAUCAAGAUAUUUACUGUAAGAAGAAUGAUAUGGAUGUGAAUCCAAUCUUGGAGGCUAGAAUUGACCGUGGAUUCGAAACUGGUGAGAAUGGUACAUGGAUUGGUUACAAGAGAAAUUAUUUCACUUUGGUUGCUCUGUUCCUGUUGGAGAAUUUCGAUUUCAAUAGAUUCAUUCAAAACAAGUUUUACACUUAUGAAAAGGUUUCACUGGUUAUAAAAGAUGGAGAGCUGAUUGAAAAGAAGGUAGAAAUAAGUUACUUUGCUAUAAGGCUUGUUGCCAAAUGUUCCGAUGAUGAGGUUGCAAUUUCUUUAGUGCAGCAUACUGCUAAGAGAGAUAAGGGCCCACAAUUCCCUCCACCAAUAUAUCCAGCAGUUCCUGGAGACAUGCCCGAUCAUGAGACUGUGAGAGCAUCCUGUAACAAGCGUAAUGGAAAUAAGAUUGAAAAUAUGAAUAAAGUCUUCUAUUUUGAUAGAGCUGAGUACUAUCAACACACCAAUUUGGAUACCAUCAAAGAUGAUUCCGUAUUGAAAAACUAUCCUAGCGACUCCAUUGCCAGGGUGGCCAGAUUCGAAAGAAUCCAGUUUACUUCGUCCAUUAGGUUGAAAUCAACAUCUGUGAAUAGUCGUUACUUUACAUUACACGUUGAGUUAUUGGGAAUUAUCGAAGAUGAGGAUUCUCAAAUUCAGCCAAUAUUGUUGAGUUCCAUAGAGACUCCACCAUUGAUCAUUAGAGGAAGAUCUCCCCUGAACUACCACAAGGAUAGAACUAGCGGAUACAGACCACAUCUCCACCACCACUGA